AAAAUUAAAAACGAACAAAAACACAAACACGAAGCCACGAGCUGGACGGCUGGACCCAUACCAAACAGCUCCGUCUUUAAAAACGCGAAGUUUCCACUUCAUCCUUUACUCGAAUGCUAACCGUUUCUAGAGUCCGAUUGCUAGCCAUGUCCGGCGCUACGAUGCUCUCUCCUUCGAAAUCCUCAGUUGUCCUAAAAAACCCUUCUUUGCAUUUCUCUUCCAGUUCUAAUCUCCUCGAUGGAGGAAGAGGAGCUGUCAAGAGUCGUGUUGCUUUAUCUUCUCAGUUUGCUCGCGCUAUUUCGCUUCGAUGCUUUGCUUCUUCCUCUUCAAUUGGAUUUGAUCGAGUUAAAGUUCAAAAUCCAAUCGUUGAAAUGGAUGGCGAUGAAAUGACGAGGAUCAUUUGGAAAAUGAUAAAAGAAAAGCUUAUAUUUCCGUAUCUGGAUUUGGAUAUUAAGUAUUAUGAUUUGGGGAUCUUAAAUCGUGAUGCCACUGAUGAUAAGGUCACUGUAGAAAGUGCAGAGGCCACUCUUAAGUACAAUGUUGCUGUAAAAUGUGCUACAAUCACACCUGAUGAGACCAGAGUUAAAGAAUUCAAUCUGAAGUCUAUGUGGAGGAGUCCAAAUGGAACAAUAAGAAACAUCUUAAAUGGCACUGUUUUUCGUGAACCUAUUCUCUGCCAGAACAUUCCAAGAAUUGUUCCUGGUUGGAAGAAACCUAUAUGCAUUGGUAGACAUGCCUUUGGUGAUCAAUAUCGUGCCACAGAUACAAUCAUUAAGGGGCCAGGAAAACUUAAAAUGGUUUUUGUGCCAGAGGAUGGUGAAACCCCGAUAGAGCUUGAUGUUUAUGAUUUUAAGGGUCCUGGUGUAGCGCUCGCUAUGUAUAAUGUUGACCAGUCUAUUCGAGCUUUUGCUGAGUCAUCAAUGUCAUUGGCGUUUGCAAAGAAGUGGCCUCUUUACUUGAGCACUAAAAACACAAUUUUGAAGAAAUACGAUGGCCGGUUUAAGGAUAUAUUCCAACAGGUAUAUGAAGAGAAGUGGAAGCAAAAAUUUGAAGAAAAUUCAAUAUGGUAUGAGCAUCGGCUAAUUGAUGACAUGGUUGCUUAUGCAUUAAAAAGUGAAGGUGGUUAUGUCUGGGCUUGUAAAAAUUAUGAUGGAGAUGUCCAGAGUGAUUUACUAGCUCAAGGGUUUGGUUCCUUGGGCCUUAUGACUUCUGUGUUGUUAUCAUCUGAUGGAAAGACACUCGAAGCUGAAGCAGCUCAUGGGACUGUAACUAGGCAUUUUCGGUUACAUCAGAAGGGACAGGAAACUAGCACGAAUAGUAUUGCUUCAAUAUUUGCAUGGACACGAGGACUAGAACAUAGGGCCAAACUGGAUAAGAAUGAAAGGUUACUUGAUUUUGUGCACAAGUUGGAGGCUUCAUGCAUUGAGACAGUCGAAGGUGGAAAAAUGACAAAGGAUCUUGCGAUCUUGAUCCAUGGCCCUAAGGUGUCGAGGGAGUUUUACUUGAACACGGAGGAUUUCAUCGAUGCUGUUGAACAAAAUCUGGAUGCAAAGCUUAAGGAACCUGCAGUGGUAUAAACACGUCUGAUUAGGAAAUUCACAUGGAUGGGAUAAUUUUUUGCAGUAAAAUAAAUAUUUUUUAAAACCUAAUUUAUCAUUUUUUUAUCACACAGUUUCUUUGUCAAAAGGAUGGAGCCUUUCAGGUUUCAUGAGUACGUUUCUUUUUAUUGACCAAGUGAUAAUAUACUGAGAUAUCAUUGUUUUCUUUCUUCCUUCAAAAUUUAAAAAAAAAAUUUUUCCCUUGUGGCCUGUAUGUGUAAAACGAAUCUCCAAUCUGAAAUUUCAAAUGCAAAUUCUUAUCUUCUGCUGAGCUCUA